CGUCCCGCGGGAAGGGCCAGGGCGGGGCGACCUUUGCUAGGUCCCAGAGUAGCCCUGCCGCGGAGACGGGUUUUUUUGCGCUCCCAAGAGCGCGCCGCUUCCUUCUCGCCCCUCCCACCGGGACGGGUUUGGCCUGGGCAGUCGUUUCUGGGCGCCCGCACUUUGGACCGUGGUUUCGGCCAGACCCGCCCGCGAGUGGUUUCGAUUGCGGACAGCGGCCUGGAGGAGGGCGGAGCGGCUGAGACGCGAAGAAGAAACUAGGGGCGAUCCGCGUAGUGGAGACGGUCUUGCGCCUGAGCCCGAGAGCAGCCGGAGAGAGCAGUGUGCAGGCCCCCAGCCCGCGGCGGCGCCCGUGCCAACUUCAGGGGCCGAAGCCCGAGGUUACUCCGGACGCGCCCGGGCGGGAGAUCUCGAGGCCGCUGGGCCGAGAAGGCGUCUGCUAAGAAGGCAGCAGGUGCGCUGUCCCGCGGGAGCGCAGCGCCGCGCCUGGGGAUGCGGACGCCGGUGGUGAUGACGCUGGGCAUGGUGCUCGCGCCCUGCGGGCUGCUGCUCAACCUGACGGGCACCCUGGCGCCCGGCUGGAGGCUGGUGAAGGGCUUCCUCAACGAGCCUGUGGACGUGGUGCUGUACCAGGGUUUGUGGGACAUGUGCCGCGAGCAGAGCAGCCGCGAGCGUGAAUGCGGCCAGACGGACAAGUGGGGCUACUUCGCAGCCACGCCGGUGGUUGUGGCUCGAGGACUCAUGGUCACGUCACUGGCUGUCACGGCCCUGGGGCUGCUGCUGGCUUCGCUCGGCGUGCGCUGCUGGCAGGACGAGCCCCGCUUCUUGCUGGCGGGCGUCUCCGGCGUGGUGCUCUUCCUCGCGGGCCUCCUUAGCCUCAUCCCAGUCUCCUGGUACAACCACUUUCUGGCAGACCGCGCCGUCCUGCCCGCCCCAGCCAGCCCGGUCACCGUGGAGGUGAGCUACAGCCUGGUACUGGGCUACCUGGGCAGCUGCCUGCUGUUGCUGGGCGGCUUCUCGCUGGCCCUCAGCUUCGCGCCCUGGUGCGAGGAGUAUUGUUACCGCUCCCACAAGAAAACCGCUGGCAGCCCGCGCCGCCCCAGCAUCAGCACCGUGUAUGUCGAGCCCGCGCUUACGCCCGCAAUCAAAUACUACAGCGACGGCCAACACAGGCCGCGGCCCGCCGAGUUUGGCGCCACCAACAAGCCCAAGGUGGGCUUCCCCAUGCCCCGGCCACCGCCCAAGGCCUACAACAACCCGGGGGACGUGCUCGACGGGGAGACGGUGACGGACUCCCAGGGCGCCUCCUCGCGCAGCACCCGGCCGUGCCACAGCUCCCUGCCCUGCGACUCCGACCUGUAGACAGUGCCCCCGCAGCCUGCUCUGGCCAGCUGUGUGUGAUUAAGGACUCGCCUCACCACGGUUUAACCUUGAAGUUGUCUGUUACCUUGAUGCUGGAAACGCCUGGCUUGAAGUGGGAACCCGGGACACGUAUUCUUGUUCCUGUAACUGGUUCGAAGGGCGAUCUUCUUUUCCUAUGGCCAAACAUAGAGGAAAGAGGCAUGAGAACUACAAAAAUUGACCAAAUAUUAAACCAGGUUAUAUUCAGACAUAGGAACCUGGCUGAUCUGCAUACCGCCAGACCGCGGGGAACCUAGGAAG